UUUCCUUCACUCAACUGCCUCACAUUUUCUCUCAAAGUUCACUACUUGUGUGCAGACAAAAAUGGCUUUUGCUGGGUUUUUCUUGUUGGGUUUACUUUCAAUGGUCUCAGCUGUUCAUGGAUAUGGUGGUGGAUGGACUAAUGCUCAUGCUACUUUCUAUGGUGGGAGUGAUGCUUCAGGCACAAUGGGUGGUGCUUGUGGUUAUGGGAACCUGUAUAGCCAGGGAUAUGGGACAAACACUGCAGCUUUGAGCACAGCUCUGUUCAACAAUGGGCUUAGCUGUGGGUCUUGCUAUGAGAUUAAGUGUGUGAAUGAUGGCAAGUGGUGCCUGCCUGGUUCCAUUGUGGUCACUGCUACCAAUUUCUGCCCUCCAAACAAUGCUCUCCCAAACAAUGCUGGUGGGUGGUGCAACCCUCCCCUGCAACACUUUGACCUUUCUCAGCCUGUCUUCCAACACAUUGCUCAGUACAAAGCUGGAAUUGUGCCUGUUUCUUACAGAAGGGUACCAUGCAGGAGAAAGGGAGGGAUAAGGUUCACAAUCAACGGCCACUCCUACUUCAACCUAGUCCUCAUCAGCAACGUCGGCGGUGCCGGUGACGUACAUGCGGUGGCCAUCAAGGGUUCCAGGACUGGUUGGCAACCCAUGUCCAGGAACUGGGGCCAGAACUGGCAAAGCAACAACUACCUCAACGGGCAAAGCCUGUCAUUUAAGGUCACAACAAGUGAUGGCCGUACCGUGGUCUCCAACAAUGUUGCCCCAUCUGGCUGGUCCUUUGGGCAGACCUUCACUGGCGGCCAAUUCCGCUAGAGAAAAGAACGAAGAAAACACCCAUCUUUAUUAUCUUAGCCUUAUCAAUUAAAUACAAUAUAUACCAAUUAACUAGCUUGACUUUUUAGUAUAUCUAGCUAGUAGAUUAUACUAUAUUAAUGUGAAGGGUUUAUUUUGAAAAUAGCCCCUUUAUCAGUUUUUCAACAAAGUAUUUGUAAGGGCAGAGGUGGACUUUUACCACCCGCCACCAUUGCAUUUUGUUUUGGCUUUGUAUUUGCAUUUCUUGUAAGCUGCUUUGGCUGAAGAGUGUUAUUUGGCUUUCAUUUGUAUGAUGAGAAAAUUGUAAAUUUGCAAUUUCCACUAGUAAUGAAAAACUGAAUUUCUGAUUUAUAA